CCAGCCAGCCACGCCACCCAGGACUGUGUGGGACGUGAGCGAUGUCGCCCCAGGGGGGCCCGAAACCGGGCAGCCCCGAGCAUGCUGGCCCAGGAGGCUCAAGGCAGCCAUCAUGGGAUUCCGGGCCACUUGCCCGUCCUUCUCCACCAUCUACUUCCUCUUCACCCUCUUGGUGGUGUCGACCGUCUUCCACUCCCAUCACCGCCUGGCCCUGGUGCCCACCCCCUGGGCCUACUCAGGCCGCGUGCUCCUCCUCCCCAGACACCUGCCCAUGGGGGGCAUGUUCACCAUCAACGCCAAAGGCCGCCUGGGGAACCAGAUGGGGGAGUACGCCACCCUGUACGCCCUGGCCAAGAUGAACGGGCGGCCGGCCUUCAUCCCGGCCGCGAUGCACAGCACGCUGGCCCCCAUCUUCCGAAUCAGCCUCCCGGUCCUGCACGACACCACGGCCAGCAGGAUCCCGUGGCGGAACUACCACCUGAACGACUGGAUGGAGGAGCGCUACCGCCGCAUCCCCGGGGAGUACGUGCGCCUCACCGGCUACCCCUGCUCCUGGACCUUCUACCACCACCUGCGAGACGAGAUCCUGCGGGAGUUCACCUUGCACGACCACGUGCGGGAGGACGCCCAGAAGUUUCUGCGGGGCCUGCAGGCCAAGUGGGCCCGGCGGGCGACCUUCGUGGGGGUCCACGUGCGCCGGGGGGACUACGUGCGCGUCAUGCCGCGGGUGUGGAAGGGCGUGGUCGCCGACCCGGGCUACCUGCGCCGGGCCCUGGACUGGUUCCGGGCCCGCUACCGCUCCCCAGUCUUCGUGAUCACCAGCGAUGACAUGGCCUGGUGUCGGCAGAACAUCAACGCCUCCCGGGGGGACGUGGUGUUCGCUGGCAAUGGCCUUCAGGGCUCCCCCGCCAGGGACUUUGCGCUGCUCACGCAGUGUAACCACACCAUCAUGACCAUUGGGACGUUCGGGAUCUGGGCCGCCUACCUGGCAGGGGGGGACACCGUCUACCUGGCCAAUUUCACCCUGCCCGGCUCCCCCUUCCACUGGAUCUUCAAGCCCCAAGCGGCCUUCCUGCCCGAGUGGGUGGGCAUCGCUGCUGACCUUGGGCAGGCCAGAGAGACUGGCCCCUAGCCCGGUGUGUGGCGUGUCCCUCCCUCGCCCUGGGGCCAACAGCCUGUGCCCCGGAGCUGCAGCACCUGUGUUUUGCCUCCAGGUCACGAUGCUUCCCAGCUGGGCCACGUCAGACAAGUGACUUAACCUCUCUGGGCCUUAGCGUGCCAACAGCAAAGUGGACCUAAUACAGAACUUACCUCCGCAGCUCCUGCAGCAAGUUUAUUUAGUGUCUUGGGAACCCGAACCUGAACCCGAACAGGCACGUGGGUGGGGUAUCCUGAACUUUCGGGCU